GGGGGGGAGAGUGAAGCAAAGCAAAGCAAAGCUAGGAGCAACAAGGAGAGAGUCGGGGAGGGAUUAUCAGUGAACUAUGCUUAUCUACAUGUGAUAUGGUAGCAAACGUGUCCACAUAGUUGUUCUUUACUCCGCGGAGCUCAGCGGUCUGUCAGCCUCGGUCGGCACACACACACACACACACACACACACACACACACACACACGAAGGCCCUGAGCCAGUGUUAAGUUUAUGUUAGCAGUCUGACGUUAGCUCCCGCUGCUAAACAACUUGUCAGCAGCCGAUCGAUCGAUCGAUCCUGGACGGGACCUGCUUUUCUCUAGUAACCUGUUUGUUUCCAAUGCCCGGCUGGUAACUUAUCGUAGAGUAAAAAGACCUCCUGAACCAGCAGCACUAUUGUGGAGAGUGGAGCUAUGAUGGCAACGUGACAGGAGGGGAGCCGCUGAGUCAGCUUCAACAGGAACCAUGGAAGGGUUUCAACAAACUGCUACAGAGCAGCACGACAGGGUGAAUGGCUACUGCGAGCCCAAAUCUCCCCAGGACGUGGCUGAUGUCAGGUGGACGCCGCCAGAGGGAGAGUCUGGAGGCUCAGACAGCUGUGGGGGGACGAGUGUGUCGGAGCUGACGGACCUGCAAGAGUUGAAGGCCAGGGAAAGCGAAGAUGAGGAGGACAAGGAGGACAAGGAGAGGGAUGUAGUUCCUGCUUCUAAAGGCCUGAAAGGGGACCAGAAGAAAAAAGAGAAGGAGAGUUUGGAUCAGGAGGAGAACAGCAAGAAAAACAGCAGUGCAGCAACCAGCUACACAGACCUGUCACAUACCUCGUCGCCCUCGCUGUCAGAACAGCUGCGUCUAGGGCGAGAAGACAGCACAGGGUCUGGGAUCAGCGUGGAGUGUAAGGUCUGUGGGGACAAGGCCUCUGGCUUCCACUAUGGCGUCCACGCCUGCGAGGGUUGCAAGGGCUUUUUCCGGCGAACCGUGCGGAUGAAACUGGAAUAUGAUCGCUGUGAGCGUUCCUGCAAGAUUCAGAAGAAGAAUCGUAACAAGUGCCAAUAUUGUCGCUUCCAGAAGUGCCUGUCUUUGGGAAUGUCCCAUGAUGCGAUCCGAUAUGGACGUAUGCCUGAGGCGGAGAGGAAAAAGCUGGUGGCAGGUCUGCUUGCAGAGGAGCAAAACCACGGCAAACCAGGUGGCUCAGACCUGAAGACCUUGGCCAAACAAGUCAACACAGCCUACCUGAAGAACCUCAGUAUGACCAAGAAGAGGGCUCGCAGCAUCCUGAUGGGCAAAACCAGCAGCACCUCGCCGUUUGUGAUCUACGAUGUGGACACGCUGUGGAAGGCAGAAAGUGGUUUGGUAUGGAGCCAGUUAGUUCCAGGUGCGCCCCUGACCAAGGAGAUUGGGGUCCAUGUGUUCUACCGCUGCCAAUGCACCACGGUGGAGACUGUGCGGGAGCUCACCGAGUUUGCCAAGUGCAUUCCAGGGUUUGUGGACCUCUUCCUUAAUGACCAGGUGACUUUGCUGAAAUAUGGUGUGCACGAGGCUAUUUUUGCCAUGCUGCCCUCUCUCAUGAACAAAGAUGGGCUGUUGGUGGCCAAUGGUAAAGGCUUCGUGACCAGGGAGUUCCUGCGCAGCUUAAGAAAGCCCUUCAGUGAGAUCAUGGAGCCCAAGUUUGAGUUUGCCGUCAAGUUUAAUGCUCUGGAGUUGGAUGACAGCGACCUGGCCCUGUUUGUUGCUGCCAUUAUUCUCUGUGGAGAUCGCCCCGGGCUAAUUAAUGUUAAGCAGGUGGAGCAGAGUCAGGACAGCAUCCUCCAGGCCCUGGACCUCCAUCUACAAGCAAACCACUCUGACUCAGUCUACCUCUUCCCCAAGCUGCUGCAGAAGAUGGCCGACCUCCGUCAGCUGGUUACAGAGAACGUUCACCUUGUCCAAAAGAUCAAAAAGACUGAGUCGGAGACCUCGCUCCACCCUCUACUACAGGAGAUCUACAAAGACAUGUAUUAGUAUUCUCCAGCACAGACUGCUUUUAGCAAUACUGUUACAGACUGAAUUCACAUUUAUAAUAAUACACUGCAUUCAGUACAAGCACUGUUCCACGUACGGGCAUGGAUUUUAACGUGCAGAUGAGGCAGAGUCACGUGGUAGGGCUAACACAAUCAGCAAAGUCUUCUCAAUGUCAGCAUUACCCUCAGCACAGUAAUGUAUGUGUGCGUGGGUGUGUGUGUGUGUGUGUGUGUGUGUGUGUGUGUGUGCGCGCGCGUGAGUGAGUGAGUGUGAGAUGAGCAUCUGGAAUCAUUUGCUGCAAGUCUUAGUUUCCCACAACGGUUACUUAACAGAGAGAAUGAUAUGUUUUUCUCACUGAGGCUGCUCCUAUUACAUUCUAAAAGCAAAACUGACCCCAGAGCAGCGUCCAGAGAGAGCUUCUCCUCACGUGUGAAGGGAAAGUGAUUCAUGUUCUUACACCAAUGGCAUAGUUGGAAUAGAAAGGAGCCGUCAGUUUGUACUGUGCAGGAAUUUCUUAUGAUGCCAAUGUCUUUUUGGUAGAGUGAUUGUUCUCAGACUUUUGGUAAAGUUGAACAUGCAAACGUUGGUUUUUUGUUUACAUCAUCAUCAUCAUCAUCAUCAUCAUCAUCAUCAUCAUCAUCAUCAUCAGUGACUGCUACUGUGCCAUUUGGUUUAUAGAACACAAACUGGGCUGGCUCCAGCAGUGUAGAGCUCUCUCUCUCUCUCUCUCCCUCAAAGCAGCUGUCUGUGCAAUACCGUUUCGAUUUGUCAAUAAAUGUGGAGAUCCAAGUUAUAUAGGUUUUGUCUUAAAGCCAUCUACCUAAGUGGUAACUAAUGGACUAUGCUGCACAGAUUUUGUUUCUGAAGCUGACACUAUAAACACAUGACCCAUUGAAGUACAAGGGACCGCAUGUUUGUUUUGUUUUUUUUUUUCUUUAUUCUGACAUGCAAAUUAUCAUUGACUUGCCAUUUUAAGGUUUUUUUUAGUUUAUUCUUUGUAAUUGUUACUAAUUAUUUGUAAUUGUUGAUCAUAUUUCUAAGGGCAAAACAUGAAUUAUCAUCUUGUUUUAUGUAUUGAGUAUAUCUGUUUUUUUGUUUUUGUAUUACAUGUCUGCCUAUUUAGUUUAGGUUCUACCAAAUAUAUUGUCAAGCAUACCAACAAACUUUCCCUUGAUGAGGAAUUUGGAUUUCACGCCUUAGCGGGAUUUACCUAAAAACCAGCAUACUGUACCAUGAUGUCAUUAUUGGGAAUAUUGAUGAUGAUUAGAAAUUAACAUCCAGCAUCUGGUAUCACAAGUCAUCUCUGUAUUCACCCAAGAUAUAGCCACAGUCCUAGAUUACUAGCCUUUUUUUGUGUGUAAAGUCUGAUUUGUUAGUAGAGGCACAAAGUGUAACAGCGGAUUCAUCUGUUUCCAACUGUCCCCCCCCCAUAUAUUCUGUAAGAUCUCUAUUUUUUCCCCCACUGUACUUGUUCUGAAUGGACUACAGUAUGUCAGCACUGGUGCACAGAGUCCACCUUCACAAGUCUCCUCUUGUGCUCUUAUUCUGUCUUGAUCCCUAUCUACCUCUAAUGUAUGAUCUGUGACAUUAUUCCACUGUCUCAUCUAAUCACUUACAUUUUAUUUGCCUUAAUCUCCUGCUAUUUGGGUACACGUUGCAAAUUUUAUAUUAUCGGCUGAUGUGCAGUGUGCCAAGAAUAGCAAAGGGUGUGGAUGGAUAAAAAAAUAAGAAAGUGCACCAAAAAAUAAGAAAAAGUUGAUGUAAGCUACCUCUAUGCCUGUGUAAGUGAUGGAUUGACAUAUUUGACUUGAAAUAACUUGGUCCUUAUAGUCCCAUGUAACCCUAUCUUCAGAUCUAGUUUAGUUACAUCUCACUUAUAAACUUUAUUAGAAAUAUUAACACCGAUUUUUCUUUUUUCUUUUUUAAAUUAUGAGGCAGAUUACAUGUCUAAUACACAUGCCUGCUAUUAGCCCCUUGUUAAAGUACCAUAAUUAAACUAACUUUGGGAGAGUUCAGACACAUGGAUGGAUAAAUGGGAACAUUGGAAUACGUUACGUACAGACGUCAACGUGACGUUUCUAUUGGUCCGUUGCUAAGUUAAUUGGCGAACGGAACCGGCUGUCAACUAUUUAGUUAGUAAGAUGGAGGGUGUUUGGCGGCAUGCUCAAAACACACGGAGGAUGGACUCGGCCCGUAGUGGAAGUAUCUGUAGGUAAGCGGCAAUUGGUUGUGUAUAAAGUUUAUAAAGCGGGGGAAAGUCGUGUGGAAGUAGAAACUUGGCUCUGAUACUGUGAAACGUUAUUAAGUCACCCGUUGUGCUACGUUCAAAUGCUGCCGUUAAGUCGAGGAAAAAAGAAAAAGUGCUUUUUGGAUGAUUUUAAUAAACAAAAGAGGUUAAUUGUUUUAAAUAAAAUGAUACAACGUU